AUGUUUCUAGGACUUCUAAAAGCAAAACCCUUUGGGAAUAUAUCGCAGCAGAGCCAAGGACUUCUAAAAACAGCACUUGGGCUUCCUAAUCCGCUUCUCACACGAGGUUUCAAGGUCAGAACUGCUAUCAAAAAAUUCUGCAGUGAUUGCUACAUGGUGAGGCGUAAAGGACGGGUUUAUGUUUACUGCAAGUCUAACAAAAAACAUAAGCAACGCCAGGGUUAA